UCCGCAGUGUUCUCAGCUUUCCUCCCCUUUUCCUCCCCACACUCCUCUCUCGCCCUUCAUCCUCCCUCUCGUGUCGAAACCGCCGCAACAAUUUACAUUCGACAUGUUCAACAGCAUCGGAACCAAGAUCGCGCUACGCAAGACGGGAUUGGACAAGGUCUCAUUCCCUUCCCUGCCCAAGUCCGACCCCAAUUCGAAAGACGGCGGUGCAGGCUUUGCCAACCCUUUUGCAAACGUACAAUGGAACAAGGCUUUCUCGUCAUGGCAAACUCCUCCGGCACCGUCAAACCCCAUCUCAGAGCCACCUAAGGAGGGAGGCCGCGCCCCAAGCAGUGUGAAGCUCAAAUUCCCUCCAAUUGACGGUCGACCAGUCGUAGUCAUCUUCUUGAGAUAUUGCGGAUGUCCUUUCACACAAAAACUGUUCCUCCACAUGCGAUCCCUUGCCAAUCGAUACACUGGGAUCCACUUCAUUGCCAUUUCCCAUUGCACCCCCGAUGCCACCAACGAAUGGGUCAAAGUCCUUGGCGGAGCAUGGAACGUCGAUGUAGUGGUUGAUCAAACGCGCGAACUAUAUGCUGCAUGGGGCCUCGGCAUUUCCAACUGGGGACACCUCUUGAAUCCACGGAACGGGUACAAUCAGGUCAUGCUAGGCAGGACCGAAGGCGUCUGGGGACAAAAGGUUGGAGAGGGCGGCUGCCGAUGGCAGACAGGCGGUGCGUAUGCAGUGGAUGAGAGGGGAAUCGUGAAAUGGGGCGGGCCCAUGAAGAGCGUGGACGAACACGUUGUUCUCGAGGAUGCAGUCAAGGCCCUUGGAUUUACGGGGGCCUUGGGUGAGAGUAGGAAUAGGAGCGCUGUAUUUUAG